AAAACAAAGAUGUCUGCGCCCUGUAGUUGAAUUAGAAGAUCGAGUGACAGUGAUAUAAAAUUUUCAUUUUAAAACAAAGUAAAUCUAUGUGCACCAUUUCAUAGUUUAUGAUGAAAUGAAUACCCUAUUCAUUAUGUUUUAACCUUAAAGCAAGUUUUGGCUCCAGUGUGCGAUUUUUGAAUCAGUCGUUCACUGUUUUGUCCUUUACUUCAGUUCUUCAGAUCUCUUGUUCUGUAAAUUGGCAAUAUUAUUUAGGUAACCUACUGGAAAGGAAGUAUCAUUCUUGGAAAUCUAAAGCUACUGGGCUGAAGACUGAGAAAAUAAUACAAGGAUGCCGGAAGAAACGUCAUUUAGACUGAUGGAUGAGAAACAUGUGUCUGUGGAAGUGGAGUUCAUGUUGUGGUCACCCAAGUUUGACCUGAUCGCUCUGGCCAAUGUUCAAGGGGAGGUGGUCCUUCACAGAUUGUCAUGGCAGAAAGUGUGGUCAAUUCCUCCUCCAUCAGAAGAGGUCAAGGUUAAAGCUUUAGCAUGGAGACCAGAUGGGAAAGUGGUGGCAGCUGGUUAUUCUGAUGGGCGGAUCAAUUUGUACCACAUAGAGAAUGCGGACACUCUUCACUCUACUAGCUUGGAAGGGGAGAUAAAUUGCAUGGAGUGGGUGUGUCAGUUCUCACCAGAUGGCGCUGUAUGGAAACCUGACCCUUACAAGGAGGACAAUUUCAAAGACUAUCUCCCAAAGCUACAACCUCUCAAUAGAAGUUAUGGUACUCUGUCCAAAGUCUUGCCAAUUGAAGAAUCAGUCGAGGACAGCAAGCAGUUAAAUGAACAAAGAGAGUUGAACCUGUUGAUUGUUGGCUCAGGCAGUAACACACUAAGUCUUUUUGCGUACGGUGUUUGUCCUGUCAGCAGAUUGUCAGUACCAGCUGUGAAUGACGUACAGAUUAGGAGACUUCACUCAGCAAUCAUCAGUCAGGACCUGCACAAUCUGUCACUGGUGGUAGAACUUCAAAACAUCCAACAACUCACAAGUUUCCACCUCAUGUCUUUUGACACAAAAUUGAUAGCAUCUAGACACAAAGAAAUGAGGAUGAUGGCUCUCAAGUUUGGACAAGUUUUGACAAUGACAGAGUACCUGCAGUCUACAGUUCAGCAGAUGUCAGAGGCCUGGGAAGACAUCUUAAUGGAAAUGGACUCCAAACUACUGAAGUUUGCAGAAGACAAAAAGGCAGCAAGUACAGGAACAGUCAGCAAUGAUUUUCUGGAACUUCUCCUCUUUGGAACACCCAGCCCUGAAUUACAGACCUUUCUCCUGAAUGACCUGACAGGCAAGGGAUUGCAGAAAUUAGGUCAUUCGAUCGAAACAUCAUAUUCCAACAUUCAGAAACUGGUUGUCAAACAUUUACAAGUGGUUAGCCAGGCCAUUCUGUACCACCUGUCGGAGCUAAGGGGGAUGUCCCUCUGGUAUGAGAAGUUUGGAGUGUUGGGACUGACCACCCAGACCAUCCAAAAUACCAUCAUGGCUGUAGGUUCAUUUGUCCUCAAGUCCAGUGAACUUCAACAGGUUAUAGAUGACAGUAUAAAGAAUUUUAAAGCUUUCUUUAGAUGGCUGUAUGUAGUUAUACAAAGAAUGUCGAAUGAAAAACCACCAGCAGAUCUCAUUAAGAUGACCCAGCAUGAUGUCAAUUUUGUAGCAGAAUUUUUACGAGACAAUUUCAACCAUUUCACAUUGGACGAUGAGGACUCGAUCUCUGAGCUGAUGGUUGACCGAGAUAAAAAACCGAGGUUUAAAUUGGAAAAAGUGGGACAGUAUCUAAAGAAGGAAGACCUCCACUACCCUCCCAACAUUUCCAGCAAUCCAUGGGUACAGUUCCAGAGGGGCUGCUUCCUUCUCAAAGAUAAUGAGGUGCUAUAUCCGGUACAGAAUACAAAGUCCUUGCUUCAGCUACAGGAGACACUGGACAGUUCCAUUAACACUGCUCUUCAUCAGCCUUCAACAGUUAUUGGUCAGUCCAUGAGAUGUCUUUCAUGUGUGAAAUUGUUUGAACGUGAAACAAUAGAUCCCAAUUUCCGACUCAAAGUUUUUCAAUUCACAAACAAUGAGAAGAGGAUGGUUUACUGUGCAUACACCCAGGCUGUCUUGCCGUGUGAGAUGUGCAUUCUGAUCAGGUCCUGUACAGCCAGCAAGGAACGCUGUGCUGAGGCGGUGGCCAUCAGAGUGGGUGCCUUAAGUCAGAGAGAACAUAAUGUGAGCAGUUUGUCAGAAGAAGAAGAAAGAUGUAGACGCCAUAAAAUUAUUGACAUCGCUUUUUAUGACGAAAAGACAAUGUCCAUGUUACUGGUACAGGACAAUGGGGAAGAGCGCCCGGUCUUGGUCCAGUUACCAUUGGCAACGAUAGCAGAGGAUAUAUACACUGUGAUUAAUCAAGAGGCAGGGGUGGAUGAAGCCAAAAUUAAAACGCUUGAUGUUGGGGACAAACUGGAACCAUCGUGCUUUCGGCGUUUAGAGAAUAUGAGAGCUCACUCUUUCGCAGUCAGUGGAACGAGAAAAACUGCCACAGUGUUAUUUUCGUCACGAAGACGAGUGAGGAUUUUCCUCAUGGAUGCUGAAGAAGAGGACGAGGAUGAAGGGGGUGAAGAGGAGGAAGAAGGAGAUGACCCUGGGGACCAGUCAGGGGAACUCAACUCCAGCGAGGCCCACGAGAGGGAAAUGCAGAUAGACGAGACAGAAAUGGAUGAAAACAAGGAAAAUACGAGCUUUGACAACAGUGCAGAGAGAGAGGCGGAUAUAAGUGCAGACAGAGAGGCGGAUAUAAGUGCAACAUUCAAUGAAAUCGUGUGAAAGACUGAUUAUGUGUUGUCAUACAUUCCGAAUUGUAAACCAAGAAAAAAGGGCGCGCACACAUUUACUGUAGGUGUUCUAUACUAUAAAAAGCUGGAAAGUUCGCUAAGGUCAGGGGAUUCACAAAACAUACAGAGAGAAAGAAUGAUCUACAACACAGGGCACUUUCUCAGUACGAAUCAAUUAUGAAUACUGGUAGUUGUAGAACUGUCGCUCUCUGGGGGAAAUGGGACACCAGAAACGUUUGAUUUACAGCGCUGGUUUUUAUACGCAUGAUCGCGGUCUGAUAUCGUUGUAAUUUUAAUUUCAAAGUGAGUUUUAGGUUUGUAUGGAACUUUAAUAAAUAUUUGAAGGUAUA